UUCUUUCUUGUUAAAAGUUUGUGUCCAACAUGGUGAGUUUCUUGUGUUAACUUGAUAAAAAUCCGAUUAAAUCUUGAAAGUGUUUGGUAUUUCAUAAAUAUUAAUUACAUAUUCUUUAAGCGCUGUGUUAAAUUGAAUGAUCUUAGUCAAGAUUUUUACGAAUUUCGGUGAUUGUGAAUUAAUGCCGAUAUCUAAAAACACUUCGUCAGUCGAAAUUCAUUAGAAGCUGGAGCUCUGUUUCUUUCUUUUCAACAUAUACUGAUUAUUAAUAAUUGUAUAAACUUAUUUACCAUUACUUAUGGCUCGUGGACCCAAAAAGCAUUUGAAGCGUCUUAACGCUCCCAAAGCAUGGAUGUUGGACAAGCUGGGCGGCGUGUACGCGCCGAGACCCUCGACUGGUCCUCACAAACUUCGCGAGUGCUUGCCGCUGGUGAUUUUUCUGCGCAACCGGCUAAAGUACGCGCUCACCGGUAAUGAGGUGCUCAAGAUCGUGAAGCAGCGGCUGAUCAAGGUGGACGGUAAAGUGAGGACAGACCCCACAUACCCUGCUGGCUUCAUGGAUGUUGUUUCUAUUGAGAAGACAAAUGAAUUGUUCCGCCUCAUCUAUGAUGUAAAAGGUCGUUUUACAGUACACCGUAUCACGCCUGAAGAAGCUAAGUACAAGCUUUGCAAGGUGAAGCGUGUGUCCACUGGCCCUAAGAAUGUGCCAUUCCUGGUGACACAUGACGGACGUACCAUCCGCUACCCCGACCCACUCAUUAAAGUCAAUGACUCUGUGCAACUUGACAUUGCCACCUCCAAGAUCAUGGACUUCAUUAAGUUUGAGUCAGGCAAUCUGUGCAUGAUCACUGGCGGUAGGAACUUGGGAAGAGUGGGCACCAUUGUGUCCCGUGAGAGACAUCCCGGAUCAUUUGACAUUGUACAUAUUAAGGAUUCCACAGGACACACCUUUGCCACCAGAUUAAACAACGUCUUCAUCAUUGGCAAGGGCACGAAGGCUUACAUUUCUCUCCCGCGCGGCAAGGGAGUGCGUCUCACCAUCGCAGAGGAGCGAGACAAGCGCAUCGCCGCCAAGGUCGCGGGCCAGUAGCCCAGUAAACAAUAAACUCUUACAUCUA